AUGUUAUGAAUGUGGAAGAGAUGGGUGGAUAGACACCUUAGUGACAUUUUAUCAACUCACAAUGUCUAAACUGCAGAUUUUAAGUGUUUUUCUGACAGAGAGAUUAACUUUGGCUGCGCAGGAGAUUUUUAAGGCUGUGGAAGACAUAUUUUCAGAGUAUAAUGAGGAGAUUUGUCGCUCCAGACAGGAGAUUGAGCUGCUCAAGAGGAGACUGCAGCAGGCAGGAGUUCAGAUGGACUCUGAAACGCAGUCUUGCUCCUCUGAGACUCAAGGAAAGAAAUACAUCCAGACAUUUUCAGAGGAAUGGAGAUCUGAACAUGAUUUUAAGGACACUGAGAUGCAUAUGAAACUAGAAGUUUAUACACAGCAGGAGGAGAAUGAAGAGCAAAUGCCUGUAUGCAGUGAAUCAGCAUCUUUAUCACCAUGUAUGGACAAUUAUCAUGAUCAGACGCCCAGCAAAGACACUGAAACCCAAAUGAUGGACAGUAGUGAGAAUAAUUUUCCCUUUAUUAACCAAGGACCACGAAUAAAGACUGAACUUGAGAGUAAUUCUGAAACAAGUACCACCUGUCAAGUACAGCAGCACAUCACACAACACGGCUUGAAUGAUUCAGGGGCCAGUGAUUCUUCCAGUGAUGCCAACAAAAUCACAUUCAGCCACAUUGGCUCCCCCAGACAUGAGACACAAACAUUUAAUCUGCCCCUCAGAAAUCAAGUGAUGUUGACGCAGCAUAGGAUGGAGCUGGCCCAGAUAAGAGAGAGAUUGGCAGAUGAAGAGCGAAAGAAGGCUGCAUCUAAAGCUAGAUCCCUAAAGCACAAGCAGAAAGUGUACGGGAAUCCUGAGCUUCGUGAGGCAUACAGGAAAAAGGAGAGAGAGAGAAAAUUGCAAUCACAGCAGGAAAGAAACAAGAGGAAUAAGAGUGAAAAUGAGGAAAUUCAAAGAGUAAAGAAGGUCAGACACAUUGAAGAAGUCGCACAUGAUAAAGAACAACAACAAACGCAGUCAAAGACAAACCUGGCUGACAUUUGUUUGGAGGACGUUCAGCAUGAAAAGGAACUGUCUGAAAGCUACCCGACGCAUCAUGAUAUUCACAGAAAUCCACACGGUACAGGAGAGUAUUUGUGUGUUGUGUGCCGCAGGAGAUUCAGCUCACCAGGACUGCUGAAAAUUCAUCUGCGAGUUCACUCUGGAAGAUCACAGUUGUCAUAA